AGGCGGGGCCGGAGCGUGGUGGGGGGGCUGGUCUGCAUUGCCGCUUCCCCUGGUACCCGAAGCAGUCGCCGCUGCCGUCUCAGCCUCGCGGCCUGGACCCCCGCCCUCACCCGGGAUUCCCUUACCCGGGGGACUCAGCCCAGGUCUCUAGAAGCUCCUGGAAAAGAAGUGGGCAGCCCUUCCUGAGUUACCCUGGCCCUUCAGCUUAGUCCCACCAACCUGGCUCCCUCUCCCUUUCCUAUCCCCCACAACCCCUCUCCCUUCCCCACCCACUCAGCUGAACUGGGUGUAGGCCAAGGCUCCUCUCCCUCCUUCUUUCUCCUCUUAGCUGCUCACUGACCAGGUCCUAUUUCCUUUUGUUCUGUGCACAAAGAUACUCGAGCACACUUCCUCUGCAUAGCUGUGGGGAAGGGUCCUCCUAACUCCACGAGUUUUUGAGAGAAAAGCUGAAUAAGGAGCAAGGGUGGGGGAGAUCUGGUGAAGUGCCCCCAAAGCCCCAUCAUGGAAGAGGGCUUCCGAGACCGGGCAGCUUUCAUCCGUGGGGCCAAAGACAUUGCCAAGGAAGUCAAGAAGCAUGCAGCCAAGAAGGUGGUGAAGGGCCUGGACAGAGUCCAGGAUGAAUAUUCCCGUAGAUCCUACUCCCGCUUUGAAGAGGAUGAUGAUGACGAUGACUACCCUGCCCCUGCUGAUGGCUAUUACCGAGGGGAAGGGACCCAGGACGAGGAGGAAGGUGGUGCUUCCAGCGAUGCCACUGAGGGCCAUGAUGAGGAUGAUGAGAUCUACGAGGGGGAAUAUCAGGGUAUCCCCCGGGCAGAGUCCGGGGGAAAAGGCGAGCGGAUGGCAGAUGGGGCACCCCUGGCUGGAGUGAGGGGGGGCCUGGGUGAUGGGGAGGGUCCCCCUGGUGGCCGGGGGGAGGCACAGCUGCGGAAAGAGCGGGAAGAACUGGCCCAGCAGUACGAGGCCAUUCUGCGGGAGUGUGGUCAUGGCCGCUUCCAGUGGACGCUCUAUUUCGUGCUUGGUCUGGCGCUGAUGGCGGACGGUGUGGAGGUCUUCGUGGUGGGCUUCGUGCUGCCCAGUGCUGAAAAGGACAUGUGCCUGUCUGACUCCAACAAGGGCAUGCUGGGCCUCAUCGUCUACCUGGGCAUGAUGGUGGGAGCCUUCCUCUGGGGGGGUCUGGCUGACCGGCUAGGUCGGAGACAGUGUCUACUCAUCUCACUGUCAGUCAACAGCGUCUUCGCCUUUUUCUCAUCUUUCGUCCAGGGUUAUGGCACCUUCCUCUUCUGCCGCCUGCUUUCUGGUGUUGGGAUUGGAGGGUCCAUCCCCAUUGUCUUCUCCUAUUUCUCGGAGUUUCUGGCGCAGGAGAAGCGUGGGGAGCACUUGAGCUGGCUCUGCAUGUUUUGGAUGAUUGGUGGCGUGUACGCAGCUGCUAUGGCCUGGGCCAUCAUCCCCCACUAUGGGUGGAGUUUUCAGAUGGGUUCCGCUUACCAGUUCCACAGCUGGAGGGUCUUUGUCCUCGUCUGCGCCUUUCCAUCUGUGUUUGCCAUUGGGGCUCUGACUACACAGCCUGAGAGCCCCCGCUUCUUCCUGGAGAACGGGAAGCAUGAUGAGGCCUGGAUGGUGCUGAAGCAAGUUCAUGACACCAACAUGCGAGCCAAGGGGCAUCCUGAGCGAGUGUUCUCAGUAACCCACAUUAAGACAAUUCAUCAGGAAGAUGAGUUGAUUGAGAUACAAUCAGACACAGGGACUUGGUACCAGCGCUGGGGAGUCCGGGCCUUGAGUCUGGGAGGACAGGUUUGGGGGAAUUUCCUGUCCUGUUUUGGUCCAGAAUACCGACGCAUCACCCUGAUGAUGAUGGGUGUCUGGUUCACCAUGUCAUUCAGCUACUAUGGCCUGACCGUCUGGUUUCCUGACAUGAUCCGCCAUCUCCAGGCAGUGGAUUAUGCAGCCCGCACCAAAGUGUUCCCUGGGGAGCGUGUCGAGCAUGUGACUUUUAACUUCACCCUGGAGAAUCAGAUCCACCGAGGGGGGCAGUACUUCAAUGACAAGUUCAUCGGGCUGCGUCUGAAGUCAGUGUCCUUUGAGGACUCCCUGUUUGAGGAGUGUUAUUUUGAGGAUGUCACAUCCAGCAACACAUUUUUCCGGAACUGUACAUUCAUCAACACCGUGUUCUAUAACACUGACCUGUUUGAGUACAAGUUUGUGAACAGCCGUUUGGUGAACAGCACAUUCCUGCACAACAAGGAGGGCUGCCCACUAGAUGUAACAGGGACUGGUGAAGGGGCCUACAUGGUGUACUUCGUCAGCUUCUUGGGGACCCUGGCUGUACUUCCUGGGAAUAUCGUUUCUGCCCUGCUCAUGGACAAGAUCGGCAGACUCCGCAUGCUCGCUGGCUCCAGCGUGAUGUCCUGCGUCUCCUGCUUCUUCCUAUCUUUUGGGAACAGCGAGUCAGCCAUGAUUGCUCUGCUCUGCCUUUUUGGGGGGGUCAGCAUUGCAUCCUGGAACGCGCUGGACGUAUUGACUGUCGAACUCUACCCCUCAGACAAGAGGACCACAGCCUUUGGCUUCCUGAAUGCCCUGUGCAAGCUGGCCGCUGUGCUGGGGAUCAGCAUCUUCACAUCCUUUGUGGGAAUCACCAAGGCUGCCCCCAUCCUCUUCGCCUCAGCUGCUCUUGCCCUCGGCAGUUCUCUGGCCCUGAAGCUGCCUGAGACCCGGGGGCAGGUGCUGCAGUGAGGGGGUCUCUUGGGCUUCAGGAGUGGCAGGCACACUGUGAGACCAACAGCUCCUCCUUCCCCCUCCCUGCCUGGCCAUCCCAGCCCCCAGAGACCUCCCCAUCCUCCCCAUCUCUGUUUGGUGUCUUAGCUGUGUGUGUGUGUGUAUGUGUGUGUGCAUGUGUGUGACCCCCGUGGGCAGGGACUACAGGGAAGGCUCCUUCAUCCCAGUUUUGGGAUGAAACUCUACUUCCCACCCUUGACUUUGCACAAGAGAAGGCUUAGCCCCACCCUUCUCCCCAGUGUUAGUGAGGGGCUUCCGAAAGGCUUCCUGCCUUCCCCCUCAUUUCCUCUGCCUAGGCCCUGGGCAUCACACAACAGGCCCUGGAGAAACCAUGGGGCGUGUGGUUAUGCUGGGGGCUGGGGCUUGGGUGCAGACCCUGGACCAAUAGAACUUUGGAAGGGCCUUGGGUGGCCUCUCCCACCUCCCAUUGGAUGCUGGGGGAGUAGCAAUAAACUUCAGCCCCCUGGCCUCCACGUCCCUCAAUUUAGGCUACAAAUAUGAAGCUUAAAUUUUAUGAAGUUAACUUACUGAUUCUUAUUUAUUUAUAUGUUAAGUUCUGAGGCAGCUUGGCAGGACUGUGUGUGUGUGUGUGAAUGCGUGUGGACACUUAUGUAUGAAUGUGUAUGUGUGUAUGUGGGGAGGGGCUAUCACUAUGUUGUCCUAAAACAUAAGCCAAGGGUAAUUUCAACAGACACACACACAACUCUGCCUCCCAUAGUACCUCCCCUAAUCUUGUUUCUGUGUUUGGUCUCAGGGGUGGCGGGGGACAAGCCCUAGGCCAGUUUGGAUAAUAGUCCCACAGUGUAGGGAGAUCUGAGGGCACUGGACAAGGUCUAACUCUUCCCCUCUUCCCAAGAAGCACAGGCCUCCUCUGCAGUGAGAGGCUUCACCCACUACAGCACAGGGAGGGACAGCACAGCUGCCCUCUCACCCCCUACCUGGUCCUUCACAGGCAGGGGAGUGGGGGAGGAAAAGAAACCAGGCAUUAAGGUCAAACCAGCAGAUCAAAAAGCACAAGGAGCUGGGGCAGGGGCAGGAAGCAGGGGCCCUCUCAGCAACUCCUCUAAAAGUGGGGAGAGGUUGGGCAGUAAGUGAGGUACCCCUACUGCAGGGACCAGAAGCCUCAGUUUCCCUAUCUCCUCCUUCCACACAAUAGCCCCUGUAGGUUAAGCUGCCCGUGUUCGACUCUACUGUGUGGCUGCUUUCUCUGGUGCCCCUUCACUGUAGCUGUGACAUGUUGUAGUUUUUAGCUGUUUGUAAAAUGUUUAAAAAAAAAAAAAAGUUAAAGGGAAAAAAAGCAAAAUCAACAACAAAAGGAAAAUCCAAAUUCACCCUCCUCAUGCUGCGUCUGGUGCCCCACCCUAGGGUUACUCUCCCCAUUUUGUAACACUGACCCAGGUGGUGACUGUUUAACUCUUUGGUGUCUGUGCUCAAAGGACUGCCUUCUUCUCCAGUGCCCAGUGUACGAGUGUGCCCUCUUCCUUCCCCCUUCACUCGCUGGACGCAGCCCUCUCCCUUGCACCCCUGAGAGGGACCCAUCCUUUUCCUUGCUCUCCUGGGGAAUCCUGAACCCAACUCUGUUGAUGUGAAAAAUGAAAUGAAAAAUGAUGAAAAAUAAAAAGGAAAUAAAUCCUUAAAA